CAUACGAUAGAAAGGCAACUACAAUUGAAAGCCAACAAAAUAGAGCAGCUUACCGAGCACUAAUCCUCAUCAUCUUCUUCUGAGCUCCCAACGUCACUACUGUACUCGUCACUACUACUGCUCCCAAAAUCAAGCUGCACAGGCUUGACCUGUAUUGUCUCUGGUCCCAUUGGUGCCACUGGUCGCACUGAAACAGGUGCCUGCGGCACAGGGGCCUGUGCCUCCCGCUCUUCACCCUUGAUACCAGGUAGUAUCUCAUCAAGUGGUAGCGUGAUCGGAUCACCAGGCUUCCAUCCCGGCGGCGGCUUUAGCUCCUUCGGGAACAUGGGUGGCAAGGUGUUUGGUAGCCUCGACGGCCCCUCCUGUGGUGCCUCAUACAGCGGCGCAACCUCCACUUCUGCCGCGAUCCCGUCCUUCGCAUCCAAUGGCUUCUUGGGUACCCCUACAUCCAAAUCAGCAAACAGAUACAGCUGCGACGCUCUCAUCUGAUUCUCCUGUGGUACAGGUGGCAGGCUAACACGGAGAGGCAACCCAGCACCAUGCUCCGGCGGAGCAAAGGUUGUGUAACUUAUGCGGUGCGCGUAGGUCAGGAUGUCAUCAAGCUUAAGGCUGGAGUGGAGGGACGUGCCGAAGUCGCCCUCUGACGCCGGCUCGGGAUCGUCAGCAGCAGCGGCGCCACGCGGGCGUUUGGGAUCGCGACGGUAGUCAGCGUAGUCGUCGACGAGGCGGUCAAGUACUUGGUGAGCCUCAUGCAGCUUCUUCGCAAAGGCUAGCAGCGCAGCAUCCUUGCCACGCGCCUCACGGACAAGGCGCGCGCGCGCAUCCUGCAGAUCGAGGGUCUCUUGCAGCUCGGCGACGGCCUCGAAGAGCUGCGUCUGCAGGGUGGUGACAAGAGAGAGCGCGUCCUUGGUGGAGGAGAUCGGGGUUGCGAGCGGCGGCGCGGAGGACGCCGAUGGGAGGAAGGUGGGAAGCGAUCCUCGGUACGCUGAGAUCCACGCGGCGCGGUUCGCCGAGAGUUCCAAGAGGUUGGAAGCGAGCGACGAUAUAAGCUGGAGCAGCGAUUGCGCGCGCGGAAGCGGCGGCAGGAGCGGUAGCAGCGACGGCGAGGUGGUUAGGGUUGGGGCAGCACUGGUGCCAGCGGCUGCGCUCGAGGGCAGGCUACCGUGUGAAGGCGAGGAUGUGGGAUUCAAGGGGACCGGAUUGGGCGGGAGCGACGGCGACGAGGCUGUGAGCCCCAGCCUCGCCGGGGAGGGCAGAUGCGGCUGCAUCAUUGCGGCGGCGGCGGAGGGCGCAGCAAACGGACGCGACGCGAGCUCGAGACGCUCGUGCUUGCUGAUCCUCCACUUCGUGGGCUCAUGGGACGGGCUUGCUCAACUAGAUGUGUUUGGGCUUUUUAUGUCUUGAGGCCCAACUAAUCCGCGUUAAAAGCCCUCUCUCCUUGGUCCUUGCCUACCCAUCCGCCGCUUCCGCUUCGUCCCAAAUCCCUUUUGGCGGGAGACGAGCAGCAGGCUGCCUCCACUUCCCGCGCAAAGCAGUAAAUCGGAGUAACCAUGGACGGCGGAUCCUCCACACCGGCGAGCCCCCCACCGACGGUAUCCGCGUCGGCGGCGAAUAUGGAGGAGUACCGGAACUGGAAGAAGAACGCGGCGGUGCUUUACGACCUCGUCAUCUCCCACCCGCUCGAGUGGCCAUCGCUCACCGUGCAGUGGCUCCCAUCGGAGUCCUCGGCCCGCAGCCACCGGCUCGUCGUGGGUACGCACACCUCCGACGAGGCCCCCAACAACCUCAUGGUCUUGGACGCGGUGCUACCGCUCCCACCUCGCCUCGCUGCAGCCGUCGCUGCCUCGGGCGGCGCCGUCCCGUUCCCAUCCGUAUCCGUCUCGCGCGUGGCGCCACACCGUGGCGAGGUCAACCGCGCGCGCUGCAUGCCGCAGCGUCCCUAUACGGUGGCCACCAAAACGUGCGUCGACGAGGUGCACGUGUACCAUCUCGGCGAUGACGACGGCAGCGGGAAGAGCGGCGCCGAAGUUGUGCUCAAGGGGCAUGAGGCGGAGGGUUAUGGCUUGUCAUGGAGCCCGAUGAAGGAGGGGUGGCUGCUGAGCGGCUCGUAUGAUAAGAAGAUUUGCUUGUGGGACAUCUCCUCUGGGAGUGGCGCUCCUGUUCUGGAUGCACAACAGGUGUUUGUGGCUCAUGAGGAUCUCGUUGAAGAUGUUGCUUGGCACCUGAAGGAUGAACAUAUAUUUGGAUCUGUUGGGGAUGACUGUAAGUUGAUGAUGUGGGACUUGCGUACAAACAAACCAGAACAAUCUAUUCUUGCACAUCGAAAGGAGGUCAACUCUUUGUCAUUCAAUCCAUUCAAUGAAUGGAUAUUGGCUACAGCAUCUGGAGACACAACUAUCAACCUAUUUGACAUGCGAAAACUAUCUAGAAGCUUGCAUACUUUUGACAGUCAUGAGGCGGAGGUGUUUCAGGUUGAAUGGAAUCCAAAUUUGGCUACUGUAUUAGCUUCAUCUGCCGCAGACAAGAGAGUGAUGAUAUGGGAUAUUAAUAGGAUUGGCGAUGAGCAGUCAGAGGAAGACGCAGACGACGGACCACCGGAGCUGCUGUUCGUUCAUGGAGGCCACACAGACAAGAUAUCAGAGCUGUCGUGGAAUCCUAGCGAGAAAUGGGCCAUUGCCAGCGUGUCUGAAGACAACAUCCUGCAGAUAUGGGAGAUGGCAGAAAGCAUAUACUGUGAUGACCUCUCCAUGCAGGUUAACUGACUCGUGCCUCGAAGCAUAAAGGGGAAACUGGUCGUCCGGACGGCUGGCACACGUGGAGACGGAGGCGUUCAUUUCUCUCUCUCUUCUUCUUCUUCGUCUUCUCUGUCCAUCACAUCUUUUUUUUCAAUGAAGUUUUAUGGAUAUAGGGACUGGAAGGCAACCCUCUGAUCGGAUCGUUCGCUGUCAUGUUGUUUUGGAUUAAAGUUAAUUGUUUACAACUGUAAUAUAUAGUGAUAAAAACAUUAUAGAAAGAAAGGUAGCGAAUAGUACGUAGGGGCCGCUGUUGGUCCAGCAUUGGUUGAGGAGGCAGGCCCGAGGCACGGUACGAAAGGCAACAGGGCCACGCACGCGGCUUCCCACCGAGUCCGGGCGCCAUCCCGUCCCGUGUGGUCGCGGUCAAUCAGUGACAGUCCCGUGUCGGUCCGGGUCCCCUCCAUCCACGUCUUCCUUCCUUCCUUCCUUCUCCGGUUUAAACCAAGACAUCAAUAUUUCUAUAUUUAUAUAUUUUGAUAUAAACUUAGGAAUAUAUUUAUUGUUA